UAUACCGCUAUAGACUGUGGCGCCGCAAACACGAUUCUGUAUAGGUUAACGCAGCUCUUAACCGCAUGUCAACAAACGCGAUGCAAGUGACAGUGUGACAUAUCUAAGUGCUAACUCCCAAAGACGACCAUCGAUUGAAUCAGUGCGAUCUCGAAGGAUAUGCAGUGACUUUCGGUGUGUUUCAAGCAGCCCCUGUCAAGCGUGAUCGUCGUCCCAUGCAAAUCGCGAAUCUGGCGGAUCUCCACAGCGACAAGGUGCGGAGGUGGGUAGAAUCGAGCCCUUUACCCACCCUCCAACAGAACAAUAACUUGGAGACGCCGAAAUCCACCUUCAAGCCCAACAUAAACAACAACAUCGACUUCCAAACCUACUGGAGACAUCCCUCCAAGGAAGAGAUGCCGAUGUUGCUGCAGCAGCCACCCUCCCACGUGCACCUUGCCACCCACGAAGCCGACCAACCCCUGGACUUUACGAUGUCGAAGUUCAAGACAAAAACGGGGGGGUCGGUGAACGCGCACCAGAUGAAAUUUAACAAUUUUGUGGCGGCCCAACAGCACAUGAUGCUUUUGCAGAACAAUGGGGUGCUGUUCAACAGGAGCAAUAACAAUAAGAGCUACACGCGCGGUAGUAGCCCUUCGAGUAGUUCCGAAGAAGAGGGUGUCGGGCCUCCAACCACCAGCUCUCCGCUUAGAUCUCUUCCAUCUAGUCCUGGACCUUUAAGAGGAGAAGAUAUCCCAAGCUCACCAAUCACCCCUGUCGCUGAGAAAAAGUUCGGAAAAAUAUGGAUGAACGAACCAGAAAUAAACUGGCGGCAAGAUAUGCCCCUACCAACACAAGAAGAGUCAAAAGCAGCCCUUCAUUCAAGACUAGGACUUUCACCACCUGCCGACCAACGACCACUCAACAGACUCGACAAAACGCCGUCAACGCCGCAGUCCAAUGAAGAUGCGAAUGGAGAUGUCAGCGGUGAUGACCAAAGCCUAAUUAGUGAGCGAGGUGAUCAUCACGAUGAGAAUUCUUUGGAAUCUACAAGAGAAGGAGCACUAAACUUGGUAACAAAUGAUCCCGAACAACAGCCAAGAAUACCAUCCCCAAACUCCCAAGUCACGAGUUCUAGCCCGGGAGUUGGGGCUGCUCUGGCAGCUUUGGGAGGCCUCGGCGGCAUUUUUGGUAACCACCUCCAGAUGUUGGGCAGUUUGCAAGCCCUACAAAAUCCCCAAAACCUCCAACAGUUGCAGCAACUCGCCAUGCUCCAGCAAGCAAGCGGCAACCAACUCAAUCCACAGACACAAUUUUUCCUACAGAACCAGGGUUUUCUACAAGGAUUUUCGAGAACACCCUUGACAUCAAGGCCUCCACAUUCGAUGCAGGUACAACAAAUCGCUCAACAGUUACAGCAACUACAAAAGACGCAGCAUCAGCAGCAGAAUGUCGUACAACAACACCAGCACAACACAAGCAUCCCAUCAAACAAUACGCUAGUGCCUCAUCAAACUCAAACGACACCCCCAAAUAAUGCUGCCCACAUUCCUGCCAGUCUGCUCACCCCCAGCACCCCUGGAUCGGUGGGGCUUACGCCUCAGCACCUGAAGACUCCCUCCAGACUCCUAGAGCCUUCGCCAGAGGAGACUACAGACUUGGAGGAGCUCGAGCAGUUUGCCAAAACGUUCAAGCAGAGGAGGAUAAAAUUAGGUUUCACGCAAGGAGACGUUGGACUGGCGAUGGGAAAACUGUAUGGCAACGAUUUUUCCCAAACGACCAUAUCCAGGUUCGAAGCCUUGAACCUUAGCUUCAAGAAUAUGUGCAAAUUGAAGCCUCUUCUUCAAAAAUGGCUGGAAGACGCUGAUAGUACCAUGACUAAUCCAGGAGCUUUGAGCAAUCCUCUGACGACACCUGAAGCCAUUGGUAGGCGCAGAAAGAAGAGGACGUCCAUUGAGACAAGUGUUCGAAUAGCUUUAGAGAAGGCCUUCGUGCAGAAUCCAAAACCGACAUCGGAAGAAAUUUCGAUUUUGGCCGAUGGACUCUGUAUGGAGAAAGAGGUUGUUAGAGUGUGGUUUUGCAAUAGAAGACAGAAAGAGAAGAGAAUCAAUCCGCCAGCAGCUGCUAUGGGCUCGCCGUGCUCAUCAGCUAACACUAAUGGCGCAAUGUUCGCGAUUGCUAAUUCUUUAGCCCCUAGUCCGUUAUCUUUAGUCACGUCCAGUAGUCACAGUUUCAACCCCAACAUGAUGGUCAAGCAAGAAUGACCCCACGUUAAUUUUUUUGCGGAUCACUACUUAGAGUGAUAUAACACACAGUGCAAUGAAUCUUUAGUUUAUCACUGAUCGCGCAGAAAUUUUCGGACAGAUCGGGUGUGAGUUCCUUGGAAAGGUAUGCCAUACCAGAGAAUAUCUUGAUGACUAAAACUGAGAAGAAUAUCGAUUAAUGCCAAAAUAUCGGGAAAAGGAGGAUUUUCAGCUUUACUCUUCUACAUUGCCAUUAUACAACAGUCUUCCACGAAUAAAAAAGUUCCUAAAAUAAUUAUAAGUUUUAAGCCUAUUCGGACACAAAAAUUUCGCCUCAGUUUUAUGGACUACACGUCAAAACAUUCCCAAAAAGGUCAGUAUUUGAAUUUUGAAUUUUAUUUCAUUGGUGAGGCUGAGUAAAGGUACUUCAUAAUGAAAAUUUCGACAAUUAUGCCAAAAAUAUUUUAGUGUUAUAUAGGUUGUACAGUCCCUUAAUUUUUCAUAUAGUGCUUUAUUUUUAUUGUAUAAAUGUAUGUAUUUUGCAUUCGAUGUAACAACUGAUUAUACGGAAUUAUUUUGUGAAUGUUAAUGUGUAAUAGUGAUUGAAAAAAUUGAGCGAAUAUUAUAUCAUUAAAUUGUUCAUAUAUGGUAUGUUUCCCUUGUUUCAUUCUUUUUCUCAAGUGACACAAACAUAUCAUCUUUCGUUUUUCUUUAUCACUCUUGAAAUUGACUCUUGAUCGGAAAGAAACAUACCAUGAAAACAAUAUUUUUUUAAUUAUUAUGAAUAAAACUUAAUCGUGAAAUAUAUAGUCAGUUGACACUCAUUUAGUAAAGCAGGGUCCUAAAAUAUUUAUAAAUGAAUGUUUGUCAUCUGUCAAAUAUGUAUAAAACUGUAGAUAGAUAGUAAGUCAAUAGGCACAUUUAUAUAGAAUUGCAAAUACAUCGGAUUUAGGUGAACCUAGUUAUUUGUUUAGCAUUCCAACGAUGUGUAUAUGAAAUUGAACAAUAUUAAUCCUUUUGUCAAUGUAAAUAAGCGGUUCUUUUUUGUAAGGAGGACCAAUCAGAAAUAUUUCAAAGUUCCUAACUGAAAUUAAUACGGUUGUUAUUAUAUUAAGAAAAUAUUGAUGUGUCCAUGAUAUCACCGUUAAUUUAUUUGAUUAUUGAGAAUUUAUUUAUAUGGUUUUUGUUUGUCGAUUUUCUGACUGACUACAUAUUUUUUGUUCGUAGACCUAUGAGGGGGAAACUAUGAAUAGGGUCGGUUUUUUAUAACCUUUUUUUUCCAGUAAAGAAUUUAUAACGAAACGUCUUUUCAUUUUUACGAGAUCUCGAAUUCCAUUCAAUUGACUAGCAGGAAUCUCGAUUUAAUUUUACACACAUAUAUUUACGUUCUAAGUAUUCAAUAUGAACUCUUUCAUUCAAUAAAUCUCAGGUGAACAUGUUAUUUAGUAAUGUAUCUGUUCAAUCCGAUUAUGAAUGUACAUAGUUUUGAUAGUAGCAGAGAACACAGUUUCAGUAGUCGAAUUUAGUCGAACGUAUUGUUGUACUUGUUCCCUUCUACAAAUCUAACAAUUAUAGAAUGUAUGCAAAAUCGAUCGAAAAUGAACAUAUCAAUAUAUAUCCGAAAUUGUACAGAUUUCCAAAUCAUUGGUUUUGCAAAUAUUCCAGCAAUAUAUCAUAUCACUGUAAAAAUCAAAAUAUGCUAUCAUUUAACGAUACUUCGGUGAAGAAUACUAACAAAACAUUUACAUUUUUUAAAUCGUAAAUAGUCAGUCGAGUGUUUUUAAACCAAUUUAGAUUUUAGUCUUUGUAGGUAUAUGUGUGUAGUAAGUGUUUUAGAAACGCAACACUGUCUAGAUUCCACGGAAAACGAAGUGUUCCUUUAUCUGGGUUUGUGUUAUUCUUUUGUAAUAUUUAAUUCUUACAAAAAUCGUCAUCGUAAACAAGUUCAUGAAUUAAGUGGAAAUCUAGUCACUGUUCGAGAAGGAUGAAUUCUGGUUUGUAAUUUGCAAUGAUUACAUUCAGGCAUUUGAUUAACUUAUAUGGUGUAGUGCUACAUUUAUCAGAAAAUUUGUGUAUAAGACCCUAUUCUGAAGUGUAAUAUAUAUUGGAGGUCUAGGCAAUAAACAUGUACAUUAUUUUCAUUAAAGAAAUAUGGAUUCAUA